CUUCUCUUCUCUUCUGUUUGCUCUCUCUCUCUCAAGAUGGAGAAUGCCUCGCCGGAGCUACAUCUGGACGACCUUCCGGCCAUCCAAGUGCUCGGAAAAGGCGCCAUGGGCACCGUUUUCCUCGUCCAUGACCGCCUAGCUGACCCUUCUGCUCUCAGUCCUUUCGCUCUCAAAGUUGUCGAUAAAUUUUCUCACCACACCAAACUCGACGCCGACCGUCGUGCCCGCUGGGAGAUCUCCGUUCUGAAACGUUUAUCGAAUCCAGAACACCCGUUUCUUCCCACCCUAAUCGGAUCUUUGGAGACUCCCGAAUUCCUUGCCUGGGCCGUUCCGUUUUGCCCCGGUGGGGACCUCAAUGUUCUCCGGUAUCAUCAGACAGACCGCGUCUUCUCGCCGUCGGUGAUACGGUUCUACGUGGCAGAGAUCAUCUGCGCGCUCGAGCACUUACAUAGCAUGGGCAUUGCGUACCGUGAUCUCAAGCCAGAGAACGUGUUGAUACAGCAGUCAGGUCACGUGACGCUCACGGACUUCGAUCUUUCCCGAAGCCUGAAGCCGAGAACGGUGAAGACACUCAUCACCUCCGACCCAAUUGAGCUCGACCCUCCGGAGAUCCGUCAGAGGCAUCGCCGGAACCUGACGCGACUCGUCACCAUUGUGUCCGACAAGGGCGGGCUGAAGAAAGCUAAGUCCGCGCGUGUCUCGCCUGUGAGCCGCCGGAAACAGAGCUUCUCGAACGGGGAACGGUCGAACUCGUUCGUGGGGACGGAAGAGUAUGUGUCGCCGGAGGUGGUCCGCGGCGACGGACACGAGUUCGCCGUUGAUUGGUGGGCUUUGGGGAUUCUCACGUACGAGAUGCUCUACGGAACGACGCCGUUUAAAGGGAAAAAUCGAAAAGAAACAUUUCGAAAUGUUUUAAUGAAAACCCCAGAGUUCAUCGGAAAACGGACGGCCCUCACUGACUUGAUCGGACGGCUGUUAGAGAAGGACCCCACAAAACGAUUGGGAUACAACAGAGGCGCGUCGGAGAUCAAACAGCACGUGUUCUUCCGAGGAUUACAGUGGGACAAGCUAACAGAGGUAUUAAGGCCGCCGUUUCUGCCGUCAAUGGACGAUGAACUUUUAACGGAGAAUAUAACGGCAGAUGAGUUCGAUAUAAGAGAAUACUUUCAGAAAACAAAGGUAAAACCCUCACUGACGCCGUCAACGUCAUCCAGAAGCGUCUCCUUAACGGAGUUCUGACACACGUGUAAGAUUUUUCCCUUUUUUGGGUAAUUUUUUUAGUUUGGUGUAUAUAAAAUAAGGCUAGAACGUGAAAAGCGGCGGGUAGUAUAAACUAUAAAGGAUUAGUUGUCUCUUGUAUUGUUAAUACGGUUAUGCCUCCACGAGAGGCCUCGCACACGCUCGCCAGGUAGCGCGUGGUGCAAGGGCCUCUUAAAAAUGUAAGAAUUGCUGCUGGUGUAUUCCUGGUCCAUGAGUUGUACAUUUUGGACAAAAUUAUCCCUCCAUUCUCUUGUUAGAUGUUUUCCACGAUAUUUUCCUUAUGAAAUUUAGUUGGAAAGUGGUUAAAGAAGUAA